AUGCCAGCAACUAGCGGGCCUUACAAUAAAGUCCGUCCACCCGCCUUAUCAUUAGCGCAAGUGGAGGAGCUUCAGGCAACUUUUUCAGUUAUGCAUGAACGUAUUCCCUGUCCGAACUGCCAUGCCAUCACAACAUUUCAUCGCAAGGGUGCCAGUCCUCACGACUCGACACAACCUCAAUUUAAAUGUACCUCCUGCAACAAGACGAUUAAUGCGUAUGAAAUGCGCCUUAGUUUGUCACAAACUAUGUCUAAUUCUACAGACUUACUUGCUGUUUCCAACAAAAACAUAAACACAACCUCUCCUUCCAUUCCUGUAUUAACUUUGUCAUCUCAGGAUUCCUCAAAUAGCCAAACUCAUCAAACGCCAUCUUUAACAAUGGAACAGAUGUUCACUAUGAUUCAAAACUUGACCUUGGAAUUAGCUGAAGCACGUAAACAAAUUAAACUCUUAACUGAACAGAUUAAUACACAAUCACAGGCGACUAUUGUUUUGAUAGCAAAAAGUUAA